AUGUCAGGUCCCUACGAUCAAUACGGCCAACAGGGUUACCAGCAACCCGGCUACGGCCAAGGUUAUCCGCCACAACAGGGAGGGUAUCCUCCCCAGCAAGGCUAUCAACCUCCUCAGGGCCAAUACGGCCAACAACCACCUUAUCAAAACUAUGGGGGACCACCCCCUGCGCAGUAUCCUCCUCAACAAGGAUACGAUCAGAACUUCGGUGCGCCAGCAAGAGCGGAUAGUUUCGGGCCACCGCAGCACGGCGGAUUCCAGCAUGGCCAGGCAGGCGGGCAAUACGGGCAGUAUGACGCGAGUAAUCCUCAAGGCCAACCGGGAUACUAUGGUGGCCAACCGCAGCAAUACCCACAACAGCCUCAGUAUGGCCAGGGCCCUCCUCAACAGAUCUACGAUGCGAACGGCCAGCCGCAUCAGUUUCCCCCUCAGUCUAGCGACAAGAAUGCCCCGAACUAUGACCCCAAUGCUCCACCCAUGACGGAAGGCGAACGCGGUCUCCUCGGCUCAAUCGGUGGAGGCGUGGCAGGACAUUAUCUUGGCAAGAACACUGGACAUGGUUUUCUGGGUACGAUCGGUGGUGCAAUCUUAGGGAAUUUGAUGGAAGAUAAGGUCAAGAAGGGGAAACAUGGCAAAAACCAUGGCAGCAGCAGCCAUCACGGUAGCAGCCAUCACGGUAGCAGCCACAGCGGGAGCAGCUGGGGAGGCAAGUGGUAG